AUGCCAACGGAUUCAGAAUGCGAUUAUGAUUUAGUUUCGAAGGAGUGGCUUUUAGCAAAAUUGCGCUCAGAUGAAAGGGAUACUGUUCUAAUAGAUUGUCGAGGAUCCAAUGAAUAUUCAGCAUCUCAUAUCCGUUCGGCAGUGAAUUUCUCAAUUCCGAGUAUUAUGUUAAGGAGAUUAGCUGCGGGCAAAAUUGAACUAGCAUCGACUGUCCAGUGUAAAGAACUUAAAGCCCGAAUCGAACAUUGCUGUUCGCGGGGUACAUUCGUGUUGUACGGCGACGGUGCUCCGCGGGAUCUCGACUCCGUUCAUGGUAUCCUGCUGAAGCGUCUUAAGCAAGAUGGCGUGCAGGUUGUCUGCCUCGAAGGAGACUUCGCAGAGUUCCGUCGCGCAUAUCCCGAGUGGUGCAACGAAGCCAACGCGCAGCAUGUGCCACAUCUGCCGCUUAUGGGACUACGGUCGCUCCGCAUAUCCGGCUCAGGCUGUGACGAUGCCCUCUCGUCGGGUUCGUCAUCAGAGUGCGAAGACGCGCAUACCCACGUGCACCAGGAGUUCCCCAUCGAGAUUCUCCCCAAUCUCUACCUGGGUAACUCCACCAACAGUGAAGACUGCAACGCGCUCGCCCGACACAAUAUAAAGUACGUUUUGAACGUGACGCCGGACCUGCCGAACACUUUCGAGGCGGAGGGCUGCGGCAUCAACUACUUGAAGAUCCCCAUCGCCGACCACUGGAGUCAGAACCUCGCCGUGCAUUUCCCGCAAGCCAUACGAUUUAUAGAGGAGGCGAUGUCGGCGCGCUGCGGCGUGCUGGUGCACUGCGUGGCGGGCGUGUCGCGCUCGGUGACGGUGACGCUCGCCUACCUCAUGCAGCGCCACCGCCUGUGCCUGCGCGACGCCUUCGAGCUGGUGCGCAGCCGCAAGACCGACAUCGCGCCCAACUUCCACUUCAUGCGCCAGCUGCACUCCUUCGAGCGCGACCUCGGCCUGCACGAGCACAGCGCCACUGGGCGUGCGGCCGGCGCCGGCGGGCGCGGCGUGCGGCUGCGCGGCGGGCGCGUGCGCGCGCUGCGGCGUGUCGCCCGACUCCGGCAUCGAGUUCGACCGCUGGAGCGCGGCGCGCGACACGCCGCAAUGACGGUUCUUCGCGCCGCCCGCGCCGCCCGCGCCCGAGCGCCGGGGACUCGUCUAGUGCCACGGUCGCUGUAGUCUUAAGACUCGUUUUAUUACUAGCGAAAUACUACAUGUAUUCUAUUAAGUAUUUGUUAAGUACAUUUUUAUAAGUUUGAUAUAAAUACAUGUAUUUGUAAGAUGACGGAUAGCCUUUGAAUGCAUUCCCGAUAUAUCUUCCACUAUUUUAUGCAUUUUGUAUCCAUUUUGAUGAGUUAUUUAUAGAUUAGACUGUGUUGAAGUUUGUAUAUUGAUUUCUAUUCCAUCAUCCUUUUUGCUGAUGGAUUUCUUUUCGUAAUGCUUUUUCCUCUGUGAGGACGACGUUUACGUAGAGGACAGGUCCAUAUACUCGUAAAGUGACCGCGUCUUGAGGUGAUUACGAAUUGAACUAUCGUAUUACUAUAUAAAUAUACAUUGUUUUAUGUUAUAAUUAUAUUAAAAUUGGGCUUCUAGUGUUGAUUCUUCCAUUGUUGUUAUGUCACUACGGAGUCUACGGUGAAUUGUGAACGAACAGUAAAAAUUCGUAAAAUUCUAUCUAUAAGAUGUUUUAUUAAUAAAAAGAAAUAAGUUAAGACGCUAAUUGUUUGUCGCCGUACGACGAUGAAAUUUCAAGUCACACUUUGAAAUCUUGUCUUCGACUGCCUAACUUACUAUAUCUACAUAUUAAAAUUGAGAAUAUAUUUAUAGUUAAUAUAGAUUUAAUAAAAAUUUAAUACUCUUUAUUUUUCUAUAUAAAUUAUCGUCUGUAAUUUGUAAUGUAAAUUCUACAACCUCAAUUAUUUCCUGAUGAAAUUGACACACACCUCUACAACCUCUCAUGAAAAUAUAUUUUAAAUGUUAGUAGUGGCAUGCUUAUAAAUGUAUAUUUUUGUAAGAUGUAUAAAUAACCGACGAGUAAUUUCAAACGUCAAACGAGUUGCGGCAUCGGCUUCUUACGCCAGAAUUUAAGUUAUUUUUUAACUUUAUACUGAUUGUAUUUCAAUUGGCAUUUAUUAUUUAAGCGUUGUUAUAAACAAUUGUAUUUUUCUAUACGGACAAAUUAAUUUCACCAUUUCCUAAGCGUAAAUAAAACAAGCUUUAAUAUUAAGUGUGGUAUUAUAAUAUCGUAGUAAAAUUGUUACGAAAUGUAAAUUUGUUGUAGGUUUAAGCCUUACAUUGAAAUAUGACUUCCUCAAUUCGAUGCCAACCUGUGUUAAAUAAAACUAUUAACGCAAAAACCUCAUGUAACUUAAAAAUAAUAUUAUGUGUCACCAGAACUUUUAAAUACAAAUAAGCAUCACUCGUUAUAGGUCUCACGUCGAUUAGUUCCAUAUUUUGUAAAAUUCUAUGUAUGGAUGUAUUCAUAUUAUUUACUUAUCUAAAUAAUGUAAAGGCUAUGGUGAUAGAAUUUUUAUAGCCUUAGUUGCACGAUAUACUCGAGUUUUAUAUUUGUAGAAGUAAUUUAAUAAUAAAUUGUAAUGCACAAAGUCACCAAAGCCUGAAAAUAAUGUCGACUAAUGCUGCAUCAACCUCAUCGACAUACUUUAUUGUAUAUUAUGACUAACGAUAUACGUCUUGUACCUGUUCCUUAUUAAUAUCGCAUCUAUUUCUUGUGACAAUUUGAUAUACUUACGUUAGUCUAUGUUGAUUACAUUUCAUAUAUCGUUUAGUGCUUCUUUUGUAACUGGUGCAUCCACUGAGUUUCGUAUGAUCAUUCCUCGCGAUCGUCCGAAACGAACGCGUCUUGGUUUUAACAUUUACUUAGCAAGUGGAUAUUGUACAAAUGCAUCAAAGCCACACGGCACGUAAAAUAACCUCGAAAAAUAUAAAAUAUAAAUACUGUUAAA